AAACACAUUUUAGACUUAAAAUUAUACAAUUUUUCUGCGAGAUUGUGUAAAUGCCAUCAGAGAAUUUAGACAUAGAAAAACAGGCAGAAUUUCACUGUGAAAUAAAAAUUAAGCAAGUUCGUAAGUUUGGUUGUAUAUUAUAUUUAGGAGAAUAGAUCACGAGUGGUUUGUAAAAUAGCAUGGAUAAAUGGAAUUGCACAUCAAAUAAAGUUUAUUUUAUGGGAAAGGGCGUUAAUCAAUGGCAUCUCUUGUAAGACGGUUAGUGGAAAAUAAAAGAGCUUCCUCCUGUUUUGCAACCGUUCAAACAAUGAAUCGCUAAAGUGAUCCCGAUUAUCUGGUAAUGUUGUGCGGAUUUACCGAAAUUGAAAUAUAGUGUAAAAGCCAUGGAUAUAAAUUGCGAUUCGGUCUAUUCGUAGAUAUUUCGUGAAAACUUCGGUUGGUUGGUGAAUUAACGAGGGUCGGAAUUACCCUAAUAUCAAUUAUUAAGGCGUCGAAGUUGGUAAAUUUUAUUAAGUGUAUAUUUUCAAUGCAUACACGGUCGCUAUUGCAAAUUAUAUUUGGGAGCAUAUCUUUAGUUUUGUUGUGUUGUUUACGAAAAAGUGACACCAGAUGUAUUCAAUAUGGUUCAGCAUAGAAAAGUGUACAAAUUCGGUUAGAGUUGUACAACAUAUUGAAGCGAUAGACAUUCAUUGCAUGUGUUUUGUUUAAAAAAUAAAUUACGAACUAGUAUCGUUUACUAAGUGUGACACACUACUGAUACUAACAUUUUCACAUCUAAUUUUUCAUUUCUGACAGGAUCUAAAUGUUUGUUGCUCAAACUUUUAUAAAUUUUGUGUGAUUUUCGAACGACUAAAAGAGGUCGUGGUACGUUACGUGCGACUGGGUUUAACGAUCGACAGACCCAAUUAAAUUAUAAUGUAAUUAGCAUCGGGCAGCGUCACAUUGUCGAACCCGUAAAAUCAUGUUUGAUUACACGAAUUAAAUUUGACCGCCGUAAAAUACGGUCAACGAUUUUGCAAACAACUCAUUUCGAUGUUUACACCCGUGCCUACUAUUUUUAUUCGAUCGUAAAAUUGCUUUUUUAUUGACAAACUAAAUAAACUCACUAAAAUCUAAUAGCGAAUGAAAUCCACUGGCUAGAUGUAGCAAGGCUAGGGCGUAUUCAACAUAUUGUAUUGUUGGAAAACCGUCUCAGAAAGAGCAAAUUCAUUUAAAUACAAAUGCCGAUUUAAUUUAUUUAUUUAGUUUUGUCCAAUAUUUGCCGAUAGGAUAGUCAAAUUCAUACGAUUUUAUAAAAUGGAAUAAUUUAUAACAGAAUCUUUUAAGUAAUUAUUUUUAGGCGCGAAGGAUAUAUUAUUGUAGUAUAUAAAUAUUUACUGAGGCUGAACUAGGCUUGUAUUAGAUGUACAAACUGUACAUAUUCUGUAAAAUAUGACGUUAAAUCAUUUCUUUCUCGUUGAUAGAGUUAAAGUUUUAUUGAUUUAUAUUGCUCUGAAUAAACUCGUGGUAUGAGUUCCUUUAUGGAAUAUCCAGUCUGUACAAGCGAUCCGUACACUAGUCGCCCCCCUAUUGAUAAUAUGCUUUAUGGCACUCAAGACUCUAUGCCUGCGUUCAACUCAGGCAAACGUCCUGGAUCAAACGAUGAUGGUAGUGUCAGGCCUGCUUCACCAAUGUAUUCAUGCUCCAUGCAAAACUCGGUGAGCGCAAAAACGGAAGGGGAGGUUUCUCUCUGCCAACAAUUGGACAGCGGUAUGCAACAACCUUACAACGCACGAAUAAGUCAUCCUUACGAGAUUCAAUCACAAUAUUCGAGCAGAGAUGUGAUAGCAUCCCAUGCUGCAACUCCUUCACCCAAUUCAACGUCACCUCCAAUAAGCGAAGGUUAUAGCCACUCUCCAUCCCAACAAAUCACAAUGUCGGCAACAAGUUACCCCCAAGUUACAAACAAUGCAGUUUAUCCACCUUCUCUAGGAAUGCCGUAUCCAGCUGGUUAUUCAUACACAACUCAGCUAACAACAAAUCCCGCGUCUUCUUCAAUAUAUUCUUUGAAUUCGAGAUCAGCUUACCCCACUUCUCCGAAUCAAUCAUCCGCCAUACAAAACCCUUACUCCCAAUGCAAUUCAGUUAUGUAUUCGGGAAACUUCCACGCAGCCCCAUAUUCCAUGCAUCCUCAGUAUUCAUCAUGCCAAAUGCCAAUGAACGGACAUGCAUCAGGUUUGGACUCCGCGGGACUUGGCUACUUGAACUGCGGAAACCCUCAUCGUCGAUCACCGCAGAAUAUCAACGAAAUUAGGGAGAAGUUUGAAGCGGACUCUAAUCCGAAUACGGACCAAGGAAACACGUAUGACUGGAUGAAAAUAAAAAGAAAUCCACCAAAAACAACAUAUUACAACCAUGGAAAGAUUGAUGCUUAUGGAUAUGCGGGGCAAGUUGGAAACGGAAGGACAAAUUUUACCACAAAGCAGCUCACUGAACUCGAAAAAGAAUUUCACUUCAAUAAAUAUCUUACAAGAGCUAGAAGAGUAGAAAUAGCUGCUGCUCUCAUGCUCAACGAAACACAGGUAAAAAUAUGGUUUCAAAACCGCAGAAUGAAGCAAAAGAAGAGAGACAAAGAAGCAGAAAAAUUAAUGAAAGCAUCAGGAUUACCGGUUCCCGUUAAAACCUCCACUGAGGAAUUCGUAUCAAAUGGAAACAACAAUAACAAUAAUAAAAAGAAUUUGUCGACAGACAAAACAGAAGUAUUGGACGUGGCAUACAAAGUGGAAAAAGGGUGACGCGUAUGGCACCGCAUACCCAUCUCCCGCGCAAAAAUCCCAACAAUCUCCUUCCGACGCCGCCAGAUUUUCACCGUCCUCCGGCUCUAAUGCCUCAUCUUCACCAGAACAAUCCUCCCGCGUGCAGUCAACGUAAGUUUAACGCAUCUGUAUGGUGGCGCACAAGAUCACUCGAUUUCCGAAGCUAACACCCUAACAGACAUCAGUUCUCCCAUGAGGAUGCCGGACCGCGGUUACAGCAGCAAUAUGCUCACAACAACUUU